AACCGUUGAUAACAGGAGAUAAAUCAUGUGUCAACGAUCUGAUAAAGAGGCUGUCGCUGUAAACAGUGUUACGCUUCCACCUGUCGUCGUGAUGUAAAGAAUUUCCUGACAUUUUCCCCACAAUGGCUUCCUGCUCAUCGGUUGGUGAUAAUCAACUGCAGAGGAUAAUCAGAGAUUUGCAUGAUGCUGUGUUGGAGUUGAGUAAAGAACACAGGGAGUGCGGUGAACCCAUAACAGAUGACAGUGCCAACCUGCACAAGUUCUUCUAUAAACUAGAAUACCUGCUACAGUUUGACCAGAAGGAGAAGACAACCUUUCUUGGCCAGAGGAAAGACUACUGGGAUUACUUCUGCGACUGCCUGAUUAAGAUCAAGGGAGCUAACGAUGGCAUCCGUUUUGUUAAGUCCAUCCCUGAGUUGAAGACGUCAUUGGGGAAAGGAAGGGCUUUCAUCCGCUACUCACUCGUUCACCAGCGUCUUGCAGACACGCUUCAGCAGUGUCUUAUAAACCAGAAAGUCACAAGUGACUGGUAUUAUGCCCGGAGUCCAUUCCUCAAGUGUCACCUCACUGCUGACAUAAUCAACCAUCUUUAUGAGCUCAACCAGAUCCAAUUCGACGUUGCGGCCAGAGGUUAUGACCUCGAUGCAGAUUGGCCAGCCUUUGCAAGGCGAACAUUAGGCACAGCCUCAUCAGCUUUCCUGUGGAAGGCUCCCAGUCGCUGCUCCAGCAUCAACAGUCUGGUCAGCAGCUACUCACAAUCACAGGUGCAGGCGGAGUUUCUUCCAAUCCCUGACUUGAGUCACAGUCUCCUUGGUGAACUGGGAGAACUGGGGGAACCCUCUCCUUGCAGCAUUGCGGAGAAUCUCCGCAUUGAGCUCGACCAGUCCGAGCUCAGACAGCAGGAGCUUCUGGUUCAGGUUCAGGCGUUAGGCAAAGAGGCUGCUGAGUUGAAAGGUGUAGUUAAAGACCUCAGAGGAGAGCUUGCAGCUCAGAAGUCCUCUGGCCUCUCGGCAUCAACAGAAGCCCAAAGUAAACAAGAAGCGGGUAAUCAGGAGAGAGUAAAUCACCUUCAUAACUGUAGGGAAGUUCUAAGCAGUGAACUUCAAGACAGACUCACAGCUGCUGAGAACAAAAAUAUGGAGCUUCUCUCUAAGUUGGAUGAAGCUCUCAAAGAAAAGGGUCAACAAGCAGCAAGCUACUGUGACUCAGCCUGGAAAAUCCAGGAACUCCUGGAUAAACUGAAGACAACAGAGGAGGAGAAGCUGGAGGCAAAGAGAGAGGCUGAAGACAGGGCCAGGCACUCAGAGCGUCUAUCACAGGAACUCAAACUCAGGGAAGAAGAGUUGAGAAACAGUGAGGCGAAGCUAUCUGAAGUAAAAGCUGGAGCACAUGAUGAACAGGAGGAGGCCCUCAAGCGGUUGGAGGAGCUCCAAGGGGUCGUGGGUCGAAUUCAGGGGGCGUUGAGUUUGAAAGAGAAGGAGACUGGGAACCUGAGAGCCCAGCUUCAGGAUCUACAAGCAUCACUGGAGUGCAGAGAACGACAGGCAGAGGAACUAAGGAAAAGACUGCAGGAAGAGAGGGAGGAGGUAGAGCAGAGAUGUAGCAUGAGUAGUAGCCAGAAUGAGGAAGUCGAGAGCCUGAUCCUGGAUUUAAGAAAAACUCUUAAAGCCAGAGAGAAAGAGCUAGCUGUUAGUUCAGAAAGAAUAAAACACUUAGAGGAGCAGGUGGAGAAGCUAAAUGUUGAGAAAGAAAGUCUUAGCUCUAAACUUACAGAUAAUGAAGUCACUUCCUUUGAUCAAACCGAAAACGUUGAGGACUACAAAACUCAAUGCAGCAAUCUCAUGGAAAUGAACACUAAGCUACUCCAAACAGUAAAGAAGAGAGAGGAGAGCAUUACAGAGCUGACAGAGAGCAGGACAGCCUUGUUAGAUCAGCUGGCUGCUUUGAGGGCUUCUGAGAAGCACUUAAAAGGUAGAGUAGAGGCUGCAAAUAUGAGUGUGGAGGCCAGAGAGAAGAAGCUUCUAGAUGAAAACCUGCAUUUGGAGGAGAUCGUUCAGAAGGCACUUGUACAGAAGGAGGUAUCAGAUACUCAAUUAAAGAAGCUAGAGCCUGAGAACAGGGAGCUUCUUGAGGUUCAGUCAUUGUUGAAGAAGCAGUUAGCAAGAACGCAACAGGAGUUGGACUCUCUCAGUACCAAAGCUGCAAAGUUGGGCAAGAACCUUACAGUGUCCCAAAGAAGCCAAGCAGAGUUACUUGAAAAACUCCAGGUAACUGAGGCGAAACUCAGAGACCAGACUGUAAAAUGUGGGCUUCUGCAGGCUCGAGCAGAGGAACUGGAGAGCAGGGCCGGAGAGCUGCACGAUGAAAAGGGAGCUGCAGAGAGCAAUGAAAAAAUGCAGAAGCUUCAUGAUGAGCAUCAGAGUGCCUCAAUGGAAACCAAAGAGGCCCCGUUCAGGCUGGUUAUAGCUGAGGCUCAACUGGAGCUCAACCUGAGGGAGGUGCACCGGCUGCGAGAAGAGGUGGUGGAGCUCAGGGCUCAGCUUCUAGCAGGAACUGAGGAGAGGAUGAAAGUUCAGGCCCUGCAGGAGGUGACGGAGGCGUCCAGAGAGGACCUUCGUGUUUUAGCGGAACAACUCAAGGGCCAGGUGGAGGAGCUAAACCGCCGGCAUGUGGACGAGAUUCUUCGUUCCCGGGAGCGAGAGGAGGCUCUCGUCCGCGAGCGAGACGGUGAGGCUCAGGCUCGCGCAGGUCUGGCUGCAGAGGUGACAGCCUCCAGAGAGGAGCUAAAUAAACUGAAGCUGCGAUAUGAAUCCUUGUGCCUGGAGAACAGUGAAUCCAGGGAGGCGCUCCAUAGAGCCAACACAGAAACAGCUGAGCUCGGUGUGCAUGUUUGUAUGCUAACCGCUGAGAACGAAGAGGCCCGUCUGCGCUGGGAGGGCCUGUCAACAAAGCUGCAAGAGCUUGAGGAUGAGGCGUCUCAGGAAGCUGAGAGACUGAGUAGUUGCAUGGAGGAGUUACGUCAGGAGAACCAGCAGCUCCUCAAUCAGCUCCAAAAGGAGGAGGAUCUGUUGGCAUCCAAGCAGGAGCUGCAGAAGCUGAGCAAGGCCCAACAGGAUGCUGAAACGGUGCAGGAGACGAACCAGGAGGAGAUCCAGGCUCUCCGCUUCCAGCUGAGCAGCCAAGCCAUGAGCUACGACAGCCAGAUCCAGAAUGUGAACCAAGAGCUACAGGAAAUGAAACUACAGCUGACGACUGAGCAAGACAAAGUGGUCGAUCUGGAGAACAAACUCAAGGGACUAAAGGCUGAGAAUCAGAGAUAUUGCCAACAGAUUGAGGAGAAAAACAUCCAGAUGGCCAAGUCUGAAAAUCUCAUCCAGCAGAAAGAAGACGAGAUAAUCCAUCUGAAAGGGAAUUUAUCAAGGUCUGAGGAGGGUCUGGCAGCAGCUCAGCGGACCUGUCAGGAAAUGAAUGAAAAUCUACGGAGAGUCAAACAGGACAAACAGAGCUUUGAUCUUAAGACGGCUGCUGAACUCGAUGACCUUUACCGCACCAAAAUUAAUUUGGAAGAAAGACUUGUCGAACUCAUCAGGGAGAAAGAUGCACUUUGGCAGAAGACAGAUGCCCUGGAGUUUGAGCAGAAACUGCGGGAUGAGGAGACGGAGAGAGACGUGAACUAUUGUCUGGGCUGUCACAGUCAGUUUAGCUGGUGGAUCCGCAAGUACAGCUGCAGACUGUGUGGGCGUCCCUUCUGCUACUACUGCUGCAGCAACACAGUGAGCACCCAACAGGGGGGCAACAGGGAGCGCUGCUGCAUGGACUGUUAUAACCAGCACAGUGCAGUAGUGGAGCGCCACCCACAGGAGGAAGUGACUAACAGCACCCCGGGGACACCUUUCAGCCGUUUGCUACAGGCUGGGAGAGCUGUGACCGGUGUCUCAGGAGCAGAAGAAGAAAACAAACAGGACGAUGGUGUUUUUGACAUCAUCACAGAGGAGGAAGUGAGCGGGGUCAGUGACUCCCUCUCUUUUGCUACUGCCUGCUCUCCUGGACAUGGACAGCAGGGGGCAGCACAACUAAACAGCAGUGCCAGUGCAGGAGACCUUACAUCAGAGGAUACUGAGGACCUCAGUGCUGCGGUGCAGGAUGCAGAGAUUUGCCUGCUGAAGUCUGGAGAACUCACUCUUUCUGUCCACUUCACAAUCGAUGACAUCUCAGGGUUUGGGGACAGCUCCAGAGAGCUCUUCAUCAAGUCCAGUUGUUACAGCACCAUCCCCAUCACCAUGAGCAGUCCUGGUCCCACUGUUACCUGGACUUUCACCUCUGAACCCAAGAGCAUCUCCUUCAGUGUGCUCUACAGGGAGAAUACAGAGACGCCACUGGAGCAGGCCAAGGUUUUGAUCCCACUGACUCGCUGUAACUCUCACAAAGAGACAAUCCAGGGGGAACUGAAAGUCAGGAACCCAGGAGAAUACACACUAGUCUUUGACAACUCCUUCUCCAGGUUCAUCUCAAAGAAAGUGCUGUAUCACCUGAGUCUCGACAAGCCUGUGGUCUACGAUGGUACUGACCUCCUCUAAGCGUGACAGGAAGGCACGUAAGCAGGUGUAAAACUGACUUUUGAAACAGUCUUUCAGGGUGUUUAAGCUCGUGCACAGGAUUUCAAGGCAACUGGGACAGAGUCUACUGAAGUUCAUCAACCUCACUGAAAGGUUCUGACAUUUUAAAAACGUCUCUGAGCUUGCUGCUUGCUCAUGAAAUGUUACACAUCAGAUGAAUUCUGAUCAUGGGAAAGCUGAACAAAGGCUAAAAACAAUGUAAAGUAAAACAAUGUUACACCAGUGAAUGUGAGCAUGCACUACCUUUUAUAAAAGCUUGACAUUGUAGGUCAAAUGUAGCAUUAAGGGUGUUGAACUUCACUCCAUAAAUAGAGGUUUGUCACAUAUUUGAAUGUGAAGAACUUGCGCAGAUGUAGGUCGUGUGGCAACUUUUUACUGCAUCCUUACAGAAGUAAAUCCGCAGUUUGUUUUCACCCUGAGGUCAAUUUUUUUUGAUAAAUUAAGUUUUGUUCCCAUUAUUCGCAUCUCAUGAAGACUGCUGUUGUUAAGAUGGGAAUAAUGUGCUCUCUGCACGCUGACAAAUGUCCUAUUAGGAGUGGCUGAAAUUGUUAAAAUGCUCUAUCAUGGGAUUUGUAAAUUGAUACUGUGAUAUCAGUAUUUAUCUUGAUGUAAUACAUUUCCUGGAAAAUCAAUAGAGAAACUUUUUAUGGAUAAAAGAACCAGACACGUUUGUCUGUAUUUGACCUCUCCUGAGAAUUAAACGUGUCAAAUCAAGAUGCUUUAUCACAUUGAUGCAAAAUAAUAUAAAACUCCAGUACUGAUAUAAGUCAGUACUGCUCAAUGAUUUGCAGCACUUAUCACUAUGGUCUAAAACACAGAGAUGUUUAAGGGAGAGGUAUAAAUGGUGUAGCAAAAUCUCUGACGGCUGACAGAUAUAUAUAUAUAUAGUGAAUGAGACGUGACUACAAACAAAGUCAACUGAUGUUUAAGUGUUGUUGAAAGUAAAGUUGAGGAGUUUGUGGUUGUCUGUAUUGACAACCUGAGAUUAAAUCCCAGCUCUUACAUCGCAGGGAAGAUUUUAUUGAGUAAAGUUUGUUUUAGUUUCCUCAACUAGUAUAGGUAGUCGAAUAUCAGUAAAACCCUAAUUUAACUUUGAUCUUAACUGAAUUUGUUUUACUCUCUUAAAUGUAUCAUUAACAAACCAUUUCGUGUAGCUGCCUCUUUAAAUGGGUGUUUAUGUUAUGUUAUUGGUUGAGAAAUGUAGUUCUCACACUAUCUGUGUCCAAAACAUGCGCUUUAAUUAGUUUUUAAAGUUCAUGCUUAUUUCACAUAUUUUCAUGAUUGUUGCCUUCUCAGCUGUCAGACAUUACAAGACUGGGUUUUUUUGUGUUGCAAUCAUGAUAAUGCAUAACUGGAGGAAGCAGGACUUCUGCGAAAGCUGCAGUACCAACACAUCUUUCAGUUUUGAUUAUCGUCUCUAAAACAGGCUUUAAUUCAGUGCGGGGGAAGAAAAGCGGUUUCUAUUCAUGUAAAACACUAAGAAUGUGCACGUCUCCCCAACCUAAUCCUCAAAGGGUCAAAAGAGGGAGUACAUAUCAAAACGAAAGUUUGAGUGCUUUAAAUAUUUAGCUUUUACUUUGAGCUUACUAUGAAUCAUCACGAAUGUUUAAACAAGGAUAUGGUCAUUUCAUGAGAUACAUGAUGCCUUUAGACGAAGAAAUAACGUGUUUAGGAAAAACAAACGGAACUAUAAUUCUUUUUAUGUAAAGAGUGCUUUUCUAGACAGAAGGAGAUGUUUGUUUUGAGUACAGUUGUUACUGUUGCUGUGUAAUGUUCUGGAUAAGUUUUGAAGUUUUGCAGUGUGUCAAACAGAAAGAGUUUGAAUCUCAGCAUAUAGCCUUCAAAUAAUACAAAUCCAAAAAAACAGUUUUAUACUUGAAGUUGUCCAAUAUGGACUCAUUUGAAGAGUUAAAUGUUGAAAUUUCAGUUUUCAAUCAAUACUCCUCUUUUGAGUGUCAUAGAUUAUAGUGUCCUUUUGAUUUUUCUGACUUAAAUAUACUAAAACACCUCUUUAUUAUUUAACAGAGAAUUUCCAAAGUGUCUUCCAAAAUUUUAAAAGCAUUUUCUAACUUAUAUUUUGAAAAUAACUGACAUGAGGAGAAAAUUUACUUUCUAUAAGAAGUUCACUUUUUUAUACAUAUCUAGAAGAGUGAUACAUUGCCAAAUAUAUUGGAGAAACAUAUUUGUCUAUUUUAUUGUUCUGAAAUGGGAGUUUUCUGUUUAAAGACAUUGCAACACGACUGCGGUAUAAUGCACUUUCGAAAGGGCUUUUUGUCAGUCUGCAUCCCAUGAGCCUUUGUGCCAGUUGAUGAAUGGUUUUCUUUUCCUUUGUAUCUAGUGAGUGUGUGAUUGUAGACAUUUACAGCUGGAUUUGCCAGAGGGAACUCUCUGUAACCUGUAAAUGAUUGUUGACGGUGUUUUAUUGAAAUGUUAUUUACAUACUAAAGAUUUAUAAUAGAAUGGAUUUAAGGUUAUGGACAAAUAAAUAAGGAUUGUGUGAUAA